AUGAUUCCUCUUGCUCCCGCUCUCCUUCUAUUGUUACCGGUCGUCUCUGGCCUGGCACUUCCUACGGAUGAAACUGCACAAAACACCACAGAGGCAAGAGCCGGAUGUGCUCUACCAUCUAGCUAUAGCUGGACGUCAACUGGUCCCCUGGCCAACCCAGCUUCUGGAUUCCUCGCUUUGAAAGAUUUCACCCACGUUCCUUACAACGGUCAACAUCUCGUAUACGCGUCAGACGUCAACAAUGGAGGAAACUACGGGUCUUUGAAUUUUGCCCUCUUCUCAGACUGGAACUCAAUGGGCUCGGUGGCCCAACACACUAUGAGUACUGGAGCUGUUGCUCCUCAACUGUUCUUUUUUACUCCUAAGAACAUCUGGGUGCUGGCAUAUGAAUGGGGCGCAAGUCCUUUCAAUUAUAGGACCUCCAGUGACCCCACCAAUGCAAAUGGAUGGUCAUCGCCUCAGUCACUCUACACUGGAAGUACUGGCUCUAGCACGGGGCCUAUUGACCCUUCUCUCAUUGGCGAUUCACAGAACAUGUAUCUCUUUUUUGCAGGCGAUAAUGGCAAGAUAUAUCGAGCCAGCAUGCCAAUUGGUAAUUUCCCGGGUAACUUUGGUUCUUCAGCACAAGUGGUCCUCAGCGACUCGACCGUAAACCUCUUUGAGGCCGUCCAAGUGUACUCUGUCCAGGGCCAGAACCAGUAUCUGAUGAUCGUGGAGGCAAGAGAUCCCAGCGAAAACAGAUACUUCCGUUCAUUCACGGCCAGCAGUCUGAGCGGUUCCUGGACACCUCAGGCCACCAGCGUGUCAGCACCGUUCGCGGGCAAGGCAAAUAGCGGUGCCAGCUGGACCAACGAUAUCAGCAGUGGUGAUUUGAUUAGAGCCAGUGCUGACCAGACCAUGCCUAUUGAUGCUUGCAAUUUACAGCUCCUCUAUCAGGGCAGAGCAACCAACUCUGGUGGCAGUUAUAAUGACUUGCCUUACCGUCCAGGUUUACUUACCCACAAAUAG